GCAAACGCCAAACACGCCUCCCUCUGGCACUGGCUUUGAGGGUGCAAUGUACUGUACUUAAGACCAUUAUUUUACUGUAAGUACACUCUUAGUUUAACCGCCGUUUUAUUAGAACUUUCCCCUGAAAACCGGAUCUAAUUGAGUCGCAUCUUCUCAUUUAACGCUCACCUGUACACCUGUACGUGCUGAGAUGCUUCAUCGGUCGUUGUGGUCCAGACUGGGGGCUCAGCUGCUUUCAGAGAGGAAACCAGUCUUCUUCUGUGCCUCAGCCAGUCUCUCCCAGUCUCUCCAACCACACAAGUAUGAAACCAAACCCAGGAGGACUCAUUCCACUUUUCCUGGGAUAAUUUCAAGGACUUGUCAUUCAGACACUUUUCACCACCUACAGAAGUACAGGAAGGAUGUUCUGCCACCUGUACAUGGAAUUAAAAGUCUUAGCAACACUGAGCCUGGGAUGCUGACAACAUGUAGAAGUGGACAGACGCGGUUUUAUUCAACCAACAUUGUGAAGUCAGUUUUUAAAACGCCUUUAAAACCAUCUUGGGUGCCUGGAAAAAGGGUUCCCAAAGGACCAAGAACGAAACAGCCCUCUAGAGCCAAUCUGCCUUCCCAGAGUGAGGUCCAGGAUAUGAUGCAGUGUAUUGCCUAUGCAACAGCAGAUCAGUAUCAUUUGCCGACACUUUGCCAUGACCUGAUAAGCAAUGACUUCUACGAGAUGGAAUUACCAAGAGAUGCCUCAAAUGUGCUGCUGAUAAGCACAGAUAUGGCUGCUAAACCAGAUGAUGACGCUCUCAUCUUCUUCUUCAGGGAGGGCUCAGUUGUCUUCUGGAAUGUAGAGGAGAAAACGAUUAAAAGGGUGUUGAGAAUAUUAGAAAAGCAUGAGAUCCAGCCCUAUGAAGUAGCAUUAGUCCACUGGGAGAAUGAGGAGAUUAACUACACUAUUGCAGAGGGCAGUACCAGGCUUCAACGUGGCAACAUUUUUCUGAAUGACAACAUGGACCAACAUGAUGCUGUUCUGGAGAAAUUUGCUUUUUCUAAUGCACUGUGCUUGUCAGUGAAGCUGGCUAUAUGGGAAGUGUCAUUAGAUGACUUUGUGGAGUCGAUUCAAUCUAUACCAGAGACGUUGAAGUCUGGCAGAAGAGUGAAGUUGUCCUCGGCAGAGGUCAUGAAGAAGAUUGGGGAGCUUUUCACAUUAAGACACUGUAUAAACCUGAGGUCAGACCUGCUCAUGACACCUGACUUCUACUGGGACCGAGAAAACCUGGAAAAACUCUACGAAAAAACCUGCCAGUUCCUCAGCAUCAACCGCAGAGUCAAUGUUGUGAAUGAGAAGUUGGAACAUUGUACACAGUUAACAGAUCUGAUGAGGAGCCAUCUGAGUGAGAAGCACAGUUUAAGGUUGGAGUGGAUGAUAGUCAUCCUCAUUACUAUUGAGGUUAUGUUUGAACUUGCAAAAAUGAUUUUCUAAACAUCUCUUCCAACAAUGAUGCACAAAUCUCAGAGGGCAACAGAACCUUGAAAAGGAAGAAUUCUGCACCAAACAAAGGUACCUUGUCGGGGAUGUGUGACUUUUUUUGGGAGCAACUGAUAUGUUGAAGCGGACCUCAGCAGUUUUGAAUGUCUUACUCUUUCUGUGUACAGAAAAAAACAUUUCAACAACACAACACAUCUUUUCUGUUAUUUUAGUUUAUUGCUGAAUAUCAUGGCUUGCUCUUCUCUUGGAUUUUACUGCUGCUUACUGCUUUUUCAAGACAAAAGAUGUUUAUGGGAGUUUUCAAUCAUCUCAAAUGUCUGAACAGUUUUGAUUUGUGUUUGCCGUGCUUAAAUGCAUAAAAGAUGUUCGUAUCAUUUUUACAUGGUGUGCAAAAGUCUAUCAGUGUUUUUCAAUGUGAAAAUAUUUUCAUAAGAAUGAGUUUGAGUGUCAAGCCAAGAGUCUCACAAGAUGGGAUAUUGUUCCAUGAUAAAAAAAAAGACCUCCACAGGCAGUAAUUUAUUCAGAAACGUGAAAAUGGAAGAAUUCCAACCAUCAUUGCUGUGUUAUAAAAUAUGCAAUAAAGUAUUUGUUUUAAUUUUU